AUGGAGAACCAGCCGGUCUUGGACAAGCUCACCUUGUGGCAGGGAUUGGUCAACAACCUCAACUCUCACGGACAGGGCCCAGCAACUGGCACCAGCUACCCCUGCAUGAAGUUCACGGUGAGUGCAAGAACCCAAGUCAACCGGGGACCAUGCGUCACCCUCAAUGUCCUGAAAGUUGUGGACCUGAAGUACUGCAACAACAAUGGCAACAUUGACCAGGGUCAGGAUCAGGAUCAGGGUCCUGGUCAGGAUGGCAGCCAGGAAGUCAUCAUUGCUGGCCAGUCCCAAAUUGUCACCCUCCACAAGCAAUGGCGCGUGGCAGUUAUCCAGCAAACGACCGUCAGUGGCUCCUGGAAAACCAUCUGGAACUACAACACGGGCGUCAUUGCAACCAAAGUCCCGCAACAGAACGCCUGCUACAUUUCCGUCAUGAACAAAAGCGAGAUGCCCAGCUUUGACAAUCUGGCCAGACUGGCCAGAGAGAGCAGGAACCAGGUCAGUCUUGGAAGAGUUACAAGGAAGCUCACCUUUGUCACCAGUGGAUUGGUCAACAACCUCAACUCCUACGGAGCAAACAUCACGGCCAUGUGCAGCGGACUCACCGUCUACAGAGCUUAUGAAGUUCACGCCACACAGCCCGUGCUCUUUGGGCACUCCAGAGGAAUCUUCCCCUCGCACGUCUCCAACACUCCUCCUGCAGCCAAGGACUCACGACCUCGCUCGCUCCAGGCAACAACCACCCCCUCUUGCAGAGCGGCAGCAGAGGUCGCAGGCCUCACCUCAUGGGCUUUGCAUUUUUCUUGUCUUGCUUUUCCAGGACUCCAAGUCAACCAGGGACCAUGCGUCACCCUCAAUGUCCUGAAAGUUGUGGACCUGAAGUACUGCAACAACAAUGGCAACAUUGACCAGGGUCAGGAUCAGGAUCAGGGUCCUGGUCAGGAUGGCAGCCAGGAAGUCAUCAUUGCUGGCCAGUCCCAAAUUGUCACCCUCCACAAGCAAUGGCGCGUGGCAGUUAUCCAGCAAACGACCGUCAGUGGCUCCUGGAAAACCAUCUGGAACUACAACACGGGCGUCAUUGCAACCAAAGUCCCGCAACAGAACGCCUGCUACAUUUCCAUCAUGAACAAAAGCAAGAUGCCCAGCUUUGGCAAUCUGGCCAGACUGGCCAGAGAGAGCAGGAACCAGGUCAGUCUUGGAAGAGUUACAAGGAAGCUCACCUUUGUCACCAGUGGAUUGGUCAACAACCUCAACUCCUACGGAGCAAACAUCAUGGCCAUGUGCAGCGGACUCACCACCUACAAAGCUUAUGAAGUUCACGGAACCCAAGUCAACCGGGGACCAUGCGUCACCCUCAAUGUCCUGAAAGUUGUGGACCUGAAGUACUGCAACAACAAUGGCAACAUUGACCAGGGUCAGGAUCAGGAUCAGGGUCCUGGUCAGGAUGGCAGCCAGGAAGUCAUCAUUGCUGGCCAGUCCCAAAUUGUCACCCUCCACAAGCAAUGGCGCGUGGCAGUUAUCCAGCAAACGACCGUCAGUGGCUCCUGGAAAACCAUCUGGAACUACAACACGGGCGUCAUUGCAACCAAAGUCCCGCAACAGAACGCCUGCUACAUUUCCGUCAUGAACAAAAGCGAGAUGCCCAGCUUUGACAAUCUGGCCAGACUGGCCAGAGAGAGCAGGAACCAGGUCGGUCUUGGAAGAGUUACAAGGAAGCUCACCUUUGUGGCCAGUGGAUUGGUCAACAACCUCAACUCCUACGGAGCAAACAUCACGGCCAUGUGCAGCGGACUCACCGUCUACAGAGCUUAUGAAGUUCACGGAACCCAAGUCAACCGGGGACCAUGCGUCACCCUCAAUGUCCUGAGAGUUGUGGACCUGAAGUACUGCAACAACAAUGGCAACAUUGACCAGUCUCAGCAGAGUGAUGACAACUGCCAGAUCUCUGUUGGGGGAGUCUUCCAAAAUAUGACCAUCAGUAGUCAAACACGUGUGGCAGUUUUUGAGCAAAGAAGCAACGAUUUGUCUUGGAAAACCAUCUGGAACUACAACACGGGCGUCAUUGCAACCAAAGUGAUGCAAGAGAGAACUUGCUACAUUUCCGUCUUGAACCAGAAGGAGAUGCCCAGCUUUGACGCCCUGCUCAAACUGGCUGCAGAGAACAGGAACCAGGUCGGUCUUGGAAGACCUACAAGGAAGCUCACCUUUGUGGCCAAGGGAUUGGUCAGCAACCUCAACUCUUAUGGAGCAGACAUCAUGACCAUGUGCAGCGGACUCACCACCUACAUGACCUAUGAAGUUCAUGGAGCCCAACUGAAUCUCAGAUCGUGUACUACACUUGACGUCCUGAAAGUUGUGGACCUGAAUUAUUGUCGUGGCAAUAUAAUGGUUUGAAAACUUUACGUUUCUUGAACCAAGUGUGGAGGAUCCAGAGCUGCUGCCCAAAGCCAACCCUGAUGCCCUUCUUCCCAGGCAUCUCCCCUUUCCAGAGAUCCCUUCUUGAGGAUGGAGAUGCUAAAAUACAUGAAUGAGUUACCAGAGCUUUCAAUUAAAG